AGUUUAUUAUAGUGCAACCUUUUGUGGGCAAGAGAGUACUACAGAUUUAAGGACAUUUCUUUCGUUUUAAAUAUGUAGUUCAUACUCGUUUUCCACCACACUUUAAUUUCAUUCGCCAAAGGAACAAGUCGGUUUAAAUAUUGCUCCUACGUAAAUAGCUACGUUUGUAUGUAUCAUUUUUAGCAAGACUGAUUAAGGUCGGUGUUCAGAAAUUUAAAAUUCCAAAACCGUAAUGACGCAAAUUAUCUGGACCAUUGCACUAUUUUUAUUCGUCCGAGUGUCGGGAGGAUCCUUAAAACCCGAUGAUGUUGACGCCGGUUUGAAUUCUUCUUUGAUUGAGGAGAUCGUCCCCAUCGGCCUUCCCUUGUCCGACAUGACAAUCCCUUUGUUACCGCUAGAAAACGAGGAGGAUAGAAUAGUUGGUGGCAAGCCCACCACAAUCGAGGAUUACCCGUACCAGGUUCAACUUCUAUCUUACGGUUCCUUCUUUUGUGGGGGCUCCAUAAUAUCGCGAAACCGCGUUCUUACAGCCGCACAUUGUACCGAUGGACAAUCAGCAUCUUCACUAUCCGUCCGUGUGGGAAGCUCAAUUCGAGGCAGUGGGGGUCAGGUCAUUCAGGUUUCUCGCAUCAAUCAAAAUCCCUCUUACAACGAUUCAACUGUUGAUAACGACAUUUCAGUUUUAGUGUUAAGCAGUUCUGUCACAAUUGGACCUCAAGUUCAAAUCAUUCAGACCGCUCCAGCUGGAACUGAUCUUUCGAUCGGAACGCUGACCACUAUUACCGGCUGGGGCACCACAUCCUCUGGUGGCUCCCUGUCUACUCAACUCCAAGUGGUCGAAGUCCCCGUCGUCUCAAUGGCAGAUUGUCGAGCGGCUUACGGAUCCUCGGCCAUCACAAAAAAUAUGUUCUGUGCUGGGUUCCCACAAGGCGGAAAGGAUUCAUGUCAAGGCGAUUCUGGGGGUCCGCUAGUGGUCAAUGGAGUGCAACAUGGUAUUGUUAGCUGGGGAAAUGGGUGUGCUAAUCCACGAUACCCUGGAGUUUACACUAAAGUAUCAAAUUAUCGGUCUUUUUUAAGCCAAAGCAAAUAAAGAGAACCGAAGUUUGUAAUUUGAUUUCCUUAAAAAUUUUAAAACAUUUCUAAAUUAUGUAAAUAUAUACUUUUAUAUGCCAUCACACUGGUUCCAUUCCUACUUGAAAUAUUUGACUAAUAUGACACUUCAACCUGAAUAAAUAAAUCUUUUCUUUAGCAGCGCA